AUAUAUAUAUAUAUUCGUUGCCAUGUUAAAAGUGCUAAUUCAAAACAUAUGUGCGAAAAUAUAAUAUCGAUCCGAUUGAUUUCUUCUUAUCAUUUCUCUUCUUUAUCAUGACCCAUUAUGAUAGUCAAAUAUUGCUUAUCACAUAGUUCUAUAAUCCCAUCGACUCUUCUCGCUAUGCCUUUUAUAUAACUUAGAAGGAAAUACGAUAUAAUACGUUUCGUCAGAUGUAGCUUGUAACAUUUUCACAGUGGAAAGGAAGCGUACGUUGUUUUUCGUUAAAACAAAAACAAAACGAAAUAAAAAGGAAAAUAAAAAAAAAAAAAAAUAAAGAAAAAAGAAAAAAGAGAGAAAAAAAAGAUCGUUAAAUCAAGCUCUCGUAAUUUUUUUCGUUUUUCAUUUUCAUUUCGUUCGUCGUCGUCAAAUCAAUAAUGUUAUCGGAAACUAUACCGUUUUGUUCGAAGUAUUGGUAUCAUAUCGUUAUCUUACUGUGCCUUUGUUAUUUCUACGAGGAUAUACAUCGUCGAAUUAAAAGAGGAAUUUUGUCGAUUUUUACAAAGGUAUUUAAAUAUCCAGAUGUUAUCGGAACGGCGGAUCAGAACGAAGCGUUAGACAAGGAGGAGACGGAUAUUAAAGAUAACGAAGAGGAGGAAUUCAUGGAGUCUGCAUUACCGAAAGAUUUGAAACACGUACCUUAUCGAUAUGUUAAACCGAACGACGAGGAAUUAUUAAUAAGAGCAAAUAAAUUUUAUGAAAUAACGAAUGCGAGAAGAACUGUAAGAUAUUUUAGCGAAGAAAAUGUUCCGAGAGAAGUGAUACGUUAUAUUAUCAAAGCUGCAGGUUAUAAAAUAAGACUCGAUAUAAACUUUGUAUUAUACAUUUUCUUUUUCUCUUUUUUUUUGUUUUUUUUUUUUUUUGUUUUAUACGGAUCUUUUUACCGUCGUCACCUUGCUUUCCCUUUUUUAGGUACUGCUCCCAGUGGUGCUCAUACAGAACCAUGGAGUUUCGUGGUAGUAUCGAAUAAAACAAUGAAAAGUCGUAUACGUGAGAUCGUCGAAAGAGAGGAAGAAAUUAAUUAUAAAAAAAGAAUGGGAAAAAAAUGGACGUCAGAUUUACGUCCAUUGAGAACUAACUGGAUCAAGGAAUAUCUCACGACUGCGCCAUAUUUGAUUCUAGUUUUCAAACAGGUUUAUGGUUUCUUACCGAAUGGAAAAAGAAAGGUUCAUUAUUAUAAUGAAAUGAGCGUGUCCAUUGCCUGUGGUAUUCUUUUAACUGCCAUCGAGUACACAGGUUUGGUCACUUUAACUUCUACACCUUUAAAUUGUGGCCCAGCGAUACGUGCUCUACUCGCACGUCCCAUUAACGAAAAGUUGGUUUUAUUAUUACCGGUUGGUUAUCCUGCGAAGGACGCUACCGUUCCCGAUCUUCAACGCAAAUCAUUAUCGGAGAUCUUAACAGAAAUCGAAUAACAUUGGGUUGUCUGUAAUAACUCCCUUCUUUUUUUUUUUUUUUUUUUAAUAAAAUUAUUAUCAUUAUUAAUCUGUCAUCGUUAUUGAAAAUAUCCGUUUAAUAAGGAAAAAUAGGAAGAAAACAAAAAAAAAAAAAGAAAACAAAAAAGAGUAUUCCGUCUUCCUUGCAAAAGUAACAUAGUCUCUUAGACUUAUUUGUCAAGUUUGAUCUUAAGACGUUGGCUGGCAUAAAGUAAAAUAAAAAAAGGAAAGAAAAAAAAAGAAAAUGAGAAACUCCCUUCCAAAAAAAAAAGUUUUAGAAAGUGUCUCUGUGUGUAAUUGAAAUAUGAAAGAAAUUUUUAUUACUAUACAUAUUCUUGCUUUGUUGUUGUUGUUGUUGUUGUUGGUUUUUUCGUUUCGUUUCGUUUUUUUUGGUUUUUUUUUUUUUUUUUGUUUUUUUUCCCCCAGGAAUGGGAAACGUUUACAUGCACACAAUAAAAAGUCCGCAUUCCGAAGUUAUACUAAUACAAUUUGUGUAAACUAAUUUUUUUAUCUUUUUUUUUCUUUUUCCUUUAUUUUUAUAUAUUUAU